GCCAAACUUCAUGAUUACAGGCUAGAGAUAAUGAGGACACAUCCAAAUUCCACAUUUAUCAUUCUUGCUGAUGAAGGGGUCUUCCAAAGUAUGUAUCUCUGUCUUGCUCCAUUGAGAGCAGGUUUCUUGGUAGGUUGUAGGAAUUUGGUGUCCCUUGAUGGCUGUUUUUUGAAAGGAACCUAUGGGGGACAGCUCUUGACAGCUGUUGGGAUAGAUGCAAAUGACUGCAUCUAUCCCAUUGCUUGGGCUGUAGUCAACAAAGAGAACAAAGAGAAUUGGACCUGGUUCCUCCAGCUACUUGCACAAGAUCUGGGGAUUGUUGACAGCCACAAAUGGGCCUUCAUGACUGAUAGGCAGAAGAGCCAAUGAAUAAGAGGAGG